GUGGCAGCAUAGGAGCCACAUUAGGUGAUGAGUAAUGGGGACAUGCCAGAUAAUACACUUCAUAGUUUCCAAAACCAUUUCACUUUGAAUAAUUUGAUGCAAAAGUAUCACAUGUUAGGCAGAGAUGGGACAAACUUACCAUAUUCCAAGAGAAUAAUGCAUGCUUCACAUGCUUUCUACACAUGAUUAAGAUUGGUGAACUGUAUUAUCUCUUAAGUUGGUCUAUGGAAUCAAAUUAUGAAUAAUUGAAUAGACCCUAUAUAAGGAGAGGUGUCAAAGGGCUUAGACUACAGAAAACAAACAGCAUUGAGCUUCCUCCAAAAGAAAGAAAAAGAACAAUGGCAAGCAAAUUGCAUGUUCGAUCAAACAGUUUGCCAAAUGGAUCUCAUCCAUGCUCCUCAAGAGUGCAAGAGCAGUUGAACAACCUCAGGAACUUUGAAGCAACCUGCACAUCAGAGUCGGUUGUCAAAGGCUUGUCCAUGUUGGAAGAUGUAUACUUCUCCUUGGACAAUCUUCUCAAUGUUGGUUCAACCCAGAAGGCUAUUUCUGAUCAUCAAAGUGAGAAAUGCUUCCAAGAGAUCUUGGAUGGCUCAAUCAAAGUCUUGGAUGUGUGUGGCAUUGCAAGGGACACUGUCAUGCAGAUCAAGGAGAAUGUACAAUCCCUUCAUUCAUCUCUUAGAAGAAGAAAGGGAGACUCAUGCAUUGAAAAGAGCAUAGCCGAAUACAAUUCCUCCUCAAAGAAGAUGAGGAAGAAUGUCAACAAGUUGAUCACAUCUUUGAAGCACCUACAAAGCAAAUAUGGAAUCUUAAAUCAGCAUCAAGAUCAUAUCAUUCUAAGCGAAGUGAUAGAAAUGAACAAGUGUGUCUUCCAAUGUCUGCUAUCAUUCUUGGGUGGUCCUUCAAAGUCAAAGGCAAGCAAAUGGAUGAACAAGUUAAUGCAAAAGGGAGAAGUGAACUCAGAGAGUGGCAAUGAAUUGCAAUUGGUGGAUGCAGCUUUGAACACCCUCUUAAAUGAAGGUGCUAAAGGCUCCCAGAUUCAAGCUUCCAAUGAACAAUUAGAGGCUUUGGAGAUUGCUAUUGAAAGCAUUGAGAGUGGUUUGGAGAACUUAUUUAGGCGCAUGAUUAAGACUAGAACAUCCCUUUUGAACAUAUUAUCCCAAUAGAAUACACACUAUCUUCAAAAUACCAAUUUUGAUCUACCAUAUGUGUAUAUAUAUAUGUGUACAAAUACAAUCAAAUCAAAUGCAAACAAAAGUUUAUACUCUCAAAUUUGUGCCUUUCUUGUUUACUCCUUUUUUUAUUUAUCUAAAUAGCAAAUACUAUAUGAAUAUGCUCCUGCCUUGUGAACAAAACAAUUAAUAUCCAGUAAUUAGAUUUGACUUUUAGCCUUCAAGUAAAAAAAAAAAAAAAAACUUUUCAAAUUUCCCAAAUUUAUUAACCUGCUUACUUGAAAUACAAUCUAAAUCUAUAGCAGCUUUUACUGUUCAUAUUUUUAUCAAGAUUAGUCACAAAACUCUUCUUUUCUUUCUUUUCCUUUUGUAUUUUGUUACAUUUGUUGUUAUUUAUUUUGGGGGUUG